GUCGGGUUUCUCGUGAGCUGGACCGGGGAGACUCAGAAGCGACGGGUACCCCUGGACGGUCCCACACCACAGCUGACCCAGUGACACGCUAACAUCACUCUGGAGCUGCCGCCUCCGUGGAUGUUGGAUGUCGAUUCCCAGAAGCCCCCCAAGGGGAAAUGGUCGACACCGCCCUUCGACCCGCGCUUCCCCAACCAGAACCAGACCCGAAACUGCUACCAGAACUUCCUGGACUACCACCGCUGUGUCAAGAGAAUGAACCGCCGCGGGAAGAGCACGCAACCCUGCGAGUAUUACUUCCGCGUGUUCCACUCGCUGUGCCCCAUGAGCUGGGUGCGGCGCUGGACCGAGCAGAUCCAGGACGGGACCUUCGCCGGCAAAAUCUGACGGUCUGAGUGCCGCUCCUCCGAACGAUCAGCGCACUGACCCCGCGUCCUGGCGUCUCCUGGAGCCCCGGCCCCGGCUGUACACUCCCCAGUCUCUAAACCACCAAUAAAGCUCUGUUGCUGCUGAUA